UACACAUAGGACAUUACUUGAGAUGGUUUGGCCCUCAAUGACUGCAUUGUCCAUACUAAUGAGGCAUCAUUCACCUCUGGAUCCGACAACACCGCAAUUAGCGAGCUAUGUCAAACAGCCCAAUGCUCAUGCCAUCGCAACUGGAAGAAAAGUUGUUGGGACCGAACUCAUGUCCAGUUCAUGCACACAACAUCGGCUCAACACGUUCUCCGUGGGAGAACCGCUCAGGGGUUAGAAUGAAAGACGGCGCGAUCGAGGAAAAGGUGGCAUGACACGCAAUCAGCACUAACCCCGAAGCUACCAAGCAGCCAGAUAUACGGUACACCAUUCCAAUGCCCCCCUUUAACAAGCCAACCCAACAUGAACACCACCGCGAUCAAAAUCACAAUCACCAACAUGGCCGACGAUCACACUCCCAAUACGACGAUCUAUCAAGACGCACAUCUAACCGUCAACCUCACCCUCCGCCCCACCACCCCAGGCCACACCGUCGCGACGCUCACCACGAACCAAACCAACCUCUUCAACCUCCCCCCGCCCACCUUCGUGGAAACCCUCCAAACGCUCCGCACCAUCGCCUCCCACCUCCGCAAGGCAUACAAUGUCCAGCGCUGCGCCCUGAUCACCACGGGGGGAGCGAGCGUCUCGAUCCUCCCGCUCCACGGCCUCACCCCGCAAUGGACCCCUGUCACGCACCCCACCAAGGAAUUCCACCCGCAGUACCCGGGGUACAUCACCUCGAAAGACGCGCCGCCGCUGCCCACGCCGCAGCUCAACACCAUCCGCAGCUCCAUCCUGUUCGCGGCAUCCAAAUCCCCGACCACCUACCACGCCGACCACACCUUCCACGGCCCGGACCCGGACGACGCCAACCUCUUCGCGCGCAUCGUGCGCGGGGAACUCUCCCCGCAGUGGCGGGUCUGGGAGGACGCGCGCCACGUCGCCUUCCUGACGCCGUACCCCAACACCCCCGGGUUCACGGUGGUGGUGCCGCGCGCGCACCUGUCGAGCGACAUCUUCUCGCUGUCGCCUGAGGACUAUGCCGGGCUGGUGGAGGCGGCGCACACAGUGGCGAAGCUGCUGAUCCGGGCGUUUGGGAUCGAGCGCUGCGGGAUGAUCUUCGAGGGGUUCGAGAUCGACUACGCGCAUGUCAAGCUGGUCCCCAUCCGCGGCGGCGGCGGUGAUGACUACGAUGAGGACGACUACGACCGCUACGGCAUCAGCGAGCCGUUCCAGGAGACCUAUCAGGGGUAUGUCUCCUCCAUGCCGGGGCCGAGGGUGGAGGAUGUAGAGGCGGUGGUGAAGAGGGCGGCGGAGAUUCGAGAGUCGAUCGGUUCGGAUUCUUAGCUUUGCUCGUGGGUUAGAAAGCGGGACCGUUUAUCUAGACCUUGAUUGGCUUUAAAGAUGUUGUAAUGAUAUGAACCAAUCUUUCUGUACAUUUUCUUCCGUCGUGCUUUCGCACUAUGAACCUUUUU